AUGAGUACGUCCUUCUUGCCAUCGAAAGCUAUUAUUCUCAUUGGUGGUCCGAAUCAACAGGGUAAUCACUUUCGUCCAUUGUCUUUGGAUCUGCCGAAACCGCUUUUUCUCUUGGCUGGUCGAGAAAUGCUUUAUUUUCACGUCGAAGCAUGUGCUCGUGUCCCGAAUCUGCAAGAAAUUCUAAUGAUUGGAUCAUAUGAUGAAGGACUUUUUUCCCGUUUCUUUGACUCGAUCUGGCGUCGUUUUAAUGUACAGAUUCGGUAUCUACGAGAAGAAAAAGCACUGGGUACAGCUGGAGGUAUUCGCUUCUUUCGAGAUGAGAUUUUAGAUGGAAACCCCACUAGUCUUUUCGUGUUACACUGUGACGUGUGUUGCUCUUUUCCUCUGAAUGAGAUGAUGCACUUUCAUUUGAAGCACAAGGGAACGUGCACAGUACUUGGCAAACGAGUGUUUCAUGAUGAAGCCAAGAAAUAUGGCUGUCUUGUGGCUGACCCGGUGACCAAAGAGAUUCUUCAUUGGGCAGAAAAGCCCGAGACGUUUGUUAGUGACAUUAUCAAUUGUGGUGUCUACCUCUUUGAUGUGUCGCUUAUGGACACAAUCGUCAAUGUGGGGGACAAGAUCAGUCGACAACGAUUGCGCAGCGAGUCCAAUUCAGAAGCUAAUACACAGCAUGACCUUAAGAAACUUUUUCCCGAGUUUAGUAAACUCGAUAACCUCCGACUGGAGCAAGAUGUUUUGCUGCCUCUUGCUGACCAACACUGUCUUUACCUGCAUGAACUCGGCGACUUUUGGUGUCAGAUUAAGACACCUGGAAUGGCUAUCACGUGCUCGGAGCUUUACAUGCAGCGGUUUCGGUUUACAAACCCGAGCGCUCUUAGCGCAACGGGUGGAAAGCUAUCGCCGAUUAUUGAAGGAAAUGUAGUAGUGGAUUCCACAGCGAGCGUACACCCGACGGCAAAGCUGGGCCCAAACGUGACGAUUGCCGCAGGCGUGACCAUUGGACCUGGAGUUCGAGUUGCCCACUCGAUCAUUCUUGAGGGCGUGACCAUAAAGGAUCACGCCUGUGUGCUCUUUUCUGUCAUCGGGUGGAACUCCAUUAUUGGCCAGUGGGCCCGAGUCGAAGGUCAGCCACCUAACGCUUCCCAGAUCCAGGUACAUUCGGCGGAGACAGCGCUCGUACGCGACGUUACAAUCUUCGGUGUAUCUGUCGUUGCAAACCCAGAGGUCAUUAUCCGCAAUUGUAUUGUUCUGCCACACAAGACUCUCACGCAGAGUUAUCACGAUGAGAUUCUAUUGUAA